UAUUUUAUAUGAUUAAUCCGGCCGAUGGAUUUGAGUAUACGGCUACCUGUGGGUCUACAAAGCAGAAGCGAUCUCAGUAUGAACAACAUUACUGAGCUGCCCCCGAACACUUUGCGCAAUCUGCAUUUCCUGGAAGAGCUACGUCUUGCUGGAAAUGGCUUAACGUCUAUUCCCAAAGGGGCAUUUGCUGGCCUUUCCAGUCUGAAAGUGCUCAUGCUGCAGAACAAUCAACUCAGACAGGUUCCCUCCGAAGCACUGCAGAAUCUGCGAAGUCUUCAAUCCCUGCGUUUGGAUGCCAACCACAUCAAUUCCGUUCCACCCAACUGCUUCAGCGGCCUGCAUUCUCUCAGACACCUCUGGCUCGAUGACAACUCUCUGACGGAAAUCCCUAUCCGGGCGUUUAGGAGUCUACCAGCCCUGCAGGCCAUGACGUUGGCCCUGAACAAAAUUCACCACAUACCAGAUCACGCCUUUGGAAACCUCUCCAGUUUGGUCGUACUACAUCUUCAUAACAAUAGGAUCAACUCCCUGGGAAAGAAGUGCUUUGAUGGGCUCCACAACCUAGAAACUUUAGACCUGAAUUACAACCAUCUAAAUGAAUUCCCCACUGCUAUCAGGACGCUCUCAAACCUCAAAGAAUUGGGAUUUCACAGCAAUAAUAUUAAAGCAAUACCUGAGCGAGCCUUUGUGGGCAACCCCUCUCUCAUAACAAUACAUUUCUAUGACAACCCUAUCCAGCUUGUUGGGAAAUCUGCUUUUCAGCAUUUACCUGACCUCAGAACACUGACCCUGAAUGGGGCUUCACAAAUAACUGAGUUUCCCGACCUGACUGGGACGACAAGCCUGGAAAGUCUGACCCUGACGGGCGCGAAGAUCACCUCUCUUCCCAAAGCCGUCUGUGAUCAGUUACCGAAUCUCCAAAUGCUCGAUCUGUCUUAUAACCUGCUUGAAGAUUUACCCCAUUUUUCAGCUUGCCAGAAACUUCAGAAAAUAGACUUACGGCACAACGCAAUCUGUGAAAUCCAAGCCGACACAUUUCAGGAGCUGAGAACCCUGCGUUCACUGGAUUUAGCCUGGAACAAAAUUGUACUCAUUCACCCUGAUGCUUUUUCUUCUUUACCUUCUCUGAUCAAACUGGAUCUAUCUUCCAAUCAUCUGUCAUCUUUUCCUGUGACUGGGCUACGUGGUUUAACCCAUUUAAAAUUAACAGGAAAUCCAGCCUUGCAGAGCUUGAUAGCAUUUGAGAACUUUCCGGAACUGAAGGUCAUGGAAAUGCCUUACGCUUACCAAUGCUGUGCAUUUGGAGCCUGUGAAAACCUCUACAAACCUCCCGGUCAGAGGAACCGAGCUGACAACAAUACUCCGGAUGAGUUCCACAAGAAAGACGCUGGUUUGCUGCAUCUUCAAGAUGAACGCGAAUUUGAGGAUUUUCUGCUUGACUUCGAGGAAGAUCUGAAGGUUGAUCAUUCUGUGCAGUGCUCACCGCGUCCAGGGCCCUUCAAACCGUGUGACCACCUGUUUGGUAGCUGGCUUAUCCGGAUCGGAGUAUGGACCAUAGUCUGGUUGGCCUUUAUCUGCAACACCCUGGUGAUCUCGACGGUCUUUAGAGCUCCCCUGGGCAUUUCUUCCAUCAAACUUUUAAUUGGACUGAUGGCGGUGGUGAACGCUUUAACCGGCGCCUCCAGCAGCGUUUUGGCCAUUGUGGAUGCAUUCACUUUUGGCAGAUUUGAACAAUACGGUGCGUGGUGGGAGAGUUGGGUGGGCUGUCAGAUCACAGGUUUUCUGAACACUUUCGCCUCAGAGACGUCUAUUUUCCUACUUACCCUGGCGACCCUUGAGCGAAGUUUCUCUGUCAGGUGUUCGGCAAAGCUGGCGACGAAAGCCUCUCUUUCCGGCCUGAAAAUAACCGCCCUCCUCUGCUUUCUGUUGGCCCUGUGUAUCGCGGCGGUCCCAUUGUUCGGGGGCCGUGAAUACGGCGGCACUUCCCCGCUCUGUCUACCCUGGCGUUUUGGAGAGCCCAACCCCACGGGUUAUAUGGUGGCCCUAGUCUUGCUGAAUUCCCUUUGCUUCCUCGUGAUGACCAUCGCCUACACCAGACUCUACUGCAGCGUGGAAAAGCGUGAACUAGAGACGGUUCUGGACUGCUCAAUGGUGAAACACGUAGCCCUGUUACUCUUCACCAACUGUAUACUCUACUCUCCUGUGGCCUUCUUGUCCUUUUCCACCUUAUUAAACCUCACGUUUAUCAGCCCCGAAGUGAUCAAAUCCAUUCUCCUGGUGAUUGUCCCCUUACCCGCCUGCCUGAACCCACUCCUUUACAUACUCUUCAAUCCACAUUUUAAAGAGGACAUAGGCAGCCUCCGAAAACAGACUCUCUUCUGGAGAAGAGCGAAUCACACCAGCCUGAUCUCGGUGAACUCUGAUGAUGUGGAGAAGCAGUCCUGUGAUUCCACUCAAGCCCUGGUGACCUUUCCAAGAGCCUCCUACAGCAGAUCCUCCGCUUCCCGAACGCCACCAUCUUGUCCGAUGACCGAAAGCUGCGCUCUUUCGUCUGUGGCAUUUGUGCCCUGUCUCUGAUUCAAGUGGACGAAAGAGAGUUGGCACUUCUAAAGUUGGCGGAGCAGGCGACGGAGAGGGAGGCUAUUCCUCAGGCCCACCUCCGAAAACGGUAUCUGAGACCAGAAACUCAGAUGAACGACUGACAUGGAAACACUCCGAAACUCCCCAGCUCCGGGGAAGAAGGACGAGUGAGCAAGAGGCCUGUUGAGAACUCCUCCGAUUAAUGACUUGGGAGAUAUUUUUACCACAGCGUCGAUCGCAGGCAGUAGACCCAAGUGUCAUUCGAGAAUUCCUGGUAGGUUUUUGGUGGGAUCAUUCUAGGCCUGUCAACUCAAGAAACUAUUCCUCAAAAAAAUGAGCUCCUGAAGCUCUUCUAAAACUUCUCAAACUAACUGGAAGGAGAAGGGCUGCCCAAAGUAGACCUCGGUAUUAAGAAAAUGAAGAAACUAGGGAAACACUCACCUUUGGUGAAAUACCCGACUCGGCUCAUCUCUCCUGUCCCCUGACAGUAUAGGAAUCAGGACGGGAUCCAAAAUUUGUUUUUUCAGAGCAACUGCUUUUUGUUUCAAGACUGAUUUAAAGCGUGGUUGGACAUUUCCCGGGCUAAAUGAAUCCAAAUUUCCAUCAAGUCAAUCAAGUAAAGAUGGUUUCUGUUGGGCCCGCGGAGCUCCCUUGGUGACUAAAACUGGAUUUGCAGGUUUCAAAGGCCAUUACUGGCAAGGGACACACCUAGAAAAUACGAUUUUCUUUUUUUUUUUUUUCAGUAAGGGCUUAAUUAAUUGAUUUGGAUGGAUGGACGCCUUGGAAGAUGACGGAAUGCAGAAGUGACAAAUGUUAAGUAAGUCGUGGUUGUCUUCUCAAUCCGUGUAGCACUUUCAGGAGUGCAACAUGUAGCUAGAAAAUGAAACUUGACAUUCCAGAUUAAACAACCACGCAUGUUAUCUUGUCCUUUAGCUUGGCUUAACUGUUUUUCAUCUGUUCUGAUCAGCGGGAUGUCAGUGGCAUUCCUUCUCGGCUUGGCCAUAUUGAAUACAUAUGUAAGAUGUUUGCGAGGCGAAAUAAAGUCUUAGAAGAUGGAUUCACGUUUCUUUUAUCAGAGCUCUAUAAGUCUGUAAAACAUCCGAACCAAAUGGUGCGUUUAUUUUUAUAAGCAUGUUCGAAAUAUUUUGAUCAGACGUUUUAACUUAGAAUUGGAAAAGUGCAUUAAUGAGAUUUUUUUAUAAGAUGUGUAAAUAUGGAACUGUAUUUAUUACUACAGUAAAGCUAUAAUAACUCGUAAGGAACAUGACAAUAAACCAUGUACAGCUGCAUCCUGAUACUUAAGUAUUGCAUUCUUUUGUCUAAUUUUACUACAUUUGUUAUCUGUAUGUAAUAUAUGUAAAUGUAAAGUGUCUGUAAAUAGAUUACAUUCUUCCUUUUCUAUUGGUGU